AUGGUAUUCAUUGCUUAAUUGUGCUGACUCCUUGAUGCUUCCCGGGAUUAGGCAGCAGCACGUUCUUGGUCACUUGACUUAUAUGGCUAGAGCCGUCCAUUUCCCCAUCACAGAACUUGCAACAUCCUCCUUAACAUCUUGACUCAAACCGUGAAUCUUCUAUAGGCAAUUAGAGCCUUGAGAGAAAACAUGCCUGACACUAUUGAUUUGACCGGCUCAUCACCAUCUAUGCCACGUCAAACAAGAAGUUCAACUCGAGCACUCUCUUCAACCACCGCAUCCUCAAGAAAGGAUCAGACAACAGACGCUUCCUCUCACAAACCAGAGAUAGAAACUCUAUUCUCUUUAUCUAGCCUUGGCCUCUCAAAAAAGCACCACGAUGCUCUCAUCUUUAAACGCAACUGGCUGACCUCUCACACCAUUCCUAUUCCCCGAGAUGCUUUCCGACCUUUCAUCUCAAGUCCAAAGGGACUUGAUACAGUAGCCGCAACAUUCGUCUUUGCACAGUCAGAGGCUGGAACUGCAGUCUGCAUCUCGCCCGAUGGGGUCCUCCUCACCUGCGCACACUGCAUUGCAGAAGAUCCCUCUGAGCUAACAGCUGAUACAUCACACGUCCUCUUAUCAUCAGAUGGAAAGGUUGUUUCAGCGAAAGUGGUAGCUUGGGAUCCAAUACGCGAUCUCGCUUUACUUCAGAUCGACAAGGCCGAGCUUCCUCACCGGCCGUUUCCCCGUGCCCGUAUCGCAACCUCGCCUCCCAAGUUCAACACUGAGCUAAUAUGCAUCGGCCAUCCGGGCUCCGAGGACCUCGAGGCUGAACGCAGUGGUGUAAAGACAGAGUACGACACACUCGUUCUUAGCGAGGGGACUUUCCGUGGCCUAAAUAAGAAUCAAGAUCCGCAGGAUAACAGUGAGAUCGGCGCUCUUAAGCAUAGCUGCUGGACGUACUGGGGACAUAGCGGUGCAGCAUUGUUUGAUCGGAAAACCAGGGCAUUGGUAGGCGUGCAUUCAAGCUGGGAUGACAAGACGCGCAUGAGGAGGGGAGUGCCAUUGGAAGCGGUGGUUGCGUUCGUCGAAGAGGUUGAAGCGAGCAAGAGGGAAGACUUCACAGAGGAGUGGCAAUGGUAUGUGAAGUGGGAGCCAGAACCAACCUUCACAUCCAGGGCUUGAUAUUGGAUAAGAAAUGUGCUCGGAAGAGAUACCAUGAAAGAAAGACAUGCUCGUUGUCUAUCAACUUCAACUUCGAAAAGAUUACUCUUGGUCUACUCCAC